AUGCUGAAGUCAUUGCUAAAACUGAAAAGGAUUUUCAGCAAGUAUGCUUCAAAAGGAGGUGAUCCCAACCAACUAUCCCAGAAUGAACUGAUUGAGAAAGAAUUUCCAGACAUACCAAAGGCAAGUCUAGAGCUUACAGAUGUUGUAUUCAAGGAGAUGAACAAAAAUAAUGAUGGAAAAGUCUGUUUUGAAGAAUGCAUCCCCAUUCAAAUCAAAAGACACAUCCAACCAGUUCAAUAG